AGUCUGAGAAAUUCAAAUAUUACUAUCCGAAGAUAGGUAUUUAUUAUUCGAAUUGAAACCUAAAGUCACACUUUUUUGGCUUCAGGAGGCAGAACCUAAUUCUACAUUAGGCAAGCUGUAUCGGUACGCCAGUCCAUGGGAGAAGGAUUAUCCUCGCGCAAACGAAAAACUUUUAUCUGGCGAGAACGCUCAUGUUGGCAUCAAAUCCUCGAUGUACGGGAUCAUGAAUUACUAUUUUGUAAAGACCCGCACGUGCCCUCUAAUCAUCAAAGACAGUUUCUCUCUUCCUGGCUCACCCUGCAUGUGCUAUCGCAAAAAUUCUUCAUACACGGCCCCGUUCAACAAACAGGUGCAGCGCCUGAGGGAGAGCGGGAUCCUGAAUAUGCUCGAGAAGAAGGGUACGAGGACUGCAACGAGGUGUUUGUCUGUCACCAACGAGGUGGAGUCGCUUCGACCGCUCGAGUUGAAGGACUUCUAUGGCUUGGGCUUGGCUACAAUAUCGUUCAUCGUUGAAUUAAGCUUCCGCAGUUGGAAGUAAUUAAGAUUUAAGGAGAAGCUAGAGCUUCAGCUCACGAUGAACUACGUGCAAUCAAGAUGCCAACUCCAACUCCGACUUACUGUUGCUGUGUUGAAAGCGAUACUCGCAGCUACAAUAAAUAUGAAUGCAACUAUUUAAACAAAAGAACACUAAUAAAAAACAUGCUCAAAGGCGACACUAUUGCAAUAUAUUUAUAUCUGAAAGGCCAUACAAGGAAAGUGACGCUGAAUUUUAGUAAAUAGAAUGAGGUCAGUGGGGUGUAAACUUGAAUAAACUAUGAUACCGAAUACGUGUACAUGUGAAGACAACAAGGAAAAAAUUUCACGACAUUCACGUCAAGUGAAGUACCCAAAUAAUAUGAUUAAUUGUAUCUUCGUAACUUGAGAAUAUUACUCAAGAAAUAUAAUAUAAAAUGAAUUGUAUAUUCUAUACUACAUAUAGGUAAAAUAUCCGUUAUGUGAACAUUUGAACAUAUCGUCCGUUUUUUGUGGCUCAGAAAAGCGAGCAGGUUGAAAUUAUGUCGUUGGAACUUCAUAUAUGCAUAAAAAUACAAGCAUUGCACAUCA